AUUCCAUGAUUUGCAAAUUCAUUUGGCAAACCUUGAAGUAGUCGUUAGUUCGUUACCCGUUAAGCAGCAGCUUCGUAAAUCAACUGGAAGGCCUUUUCCACACUAGUUAUCAAUUCUGACACCGAAUUUGCUAAUUUUACAGAAAUCAAAAUCAAAUUCAAAAUCAAUUUGGGAUUUCUAAGUAUUUUUCUGGGGUUUAUUUUGAUCGUACCGAUUGAAAUCAGAGCGAAAGAGAGGAAGUUUGUUCAGAUUUGUAAUGGGGUUCCUUGUUACAUCCCUAAUAUUCUUGGUGAUCGGAGUUAUUGCUUCUCUUUGUACCAGAAUUUGCUUCAAUCGUGGCCCUUCUACCAAUCUGUUCCACCUAACAUUGGUUAUUACAGCAACAGUUUGCUGCUGGAUGAUGUGGGCUAUUGUAUAUCUUGCGCAGAUGAAGCCCCUCACCAACCCUAUACUUAAUGAAGCAGAGUGAGUUGGGUUUGUAGGUGAAAUUUAGAAAGAGUGCUACUCUAGAUACCAUAUGUUACCAGUUUGCAGAUUUUCAGAGGAACUCAUUAAGAGCGGUGCUCGCAACAAUUUCUCAUGUGGAUUUGUAUGUAAUCCUAUUAUUGCAGAGAAUAAAAAUAUUCCUUCUUUUUUGGCUUUGAUAUCCCCUUGUACUUUUAAGCACCAAUCUACUUGCUUGAGUUGGUUUUGUGGAUGAAAUAAAAUCGAUUGGUGGAUCACAAAUAUAGGCAUGAAAAAAAUUUGAUGUGCCAAGUUAGUUGGUGUUUGGGCGCAUUGAUUUAGCCAAUUUUAGUUAUUUUUGUUGAGCUCCUUUAAUUUAAAACCCAAUAGGGUUUAUUUAUACGUAUCAUUUGAUCAAUUCCUAUUAAAAAAAUUAAAACUGAACUUGUCUCCCUUUCUAAUUUUAUACAACUAUAUUACUUUCUUAUCAACUGAUAAGGUAAGUUUUGCAAUUUCGGAAGUUUUAUUCUCUUUGCAAUGGGUUUGUUUGGUUGGGUUGGUACUCAGAGCUACUAAAUCAGACAAAAGUUCUGGAGCAGCAGAAGGGGAAUGGAAUAAAGUGGACAUUGGUGAGAGACUUUGAUCAACUGAAGGAAUUCAGCAGAAACCCUUAUGAUCAGUAUGAAGUCAAAUGCAUUGUAGAGAAGAGCCCGUUUCUCUGGCAUGAUCAUUUGCGUGUCAAGGACUAAGCUAAGGUUUAUGAGGGCUAAACUUUAGUUGAUGAAUUAUCAAACAAGCUGAUCGAGUUGUUUUUAACAUUAGAUUAGAUCUGUAGGGGGAGAAGCCAUAGGUGAGCAAUUGGCACCUGAGCUGGGUCAGGGUGCUAGUGGGGUCAGAUCCAAGUUGCAGCCUAUGCCUUAUAUGGCUGUUCAUAUGAAGAUAGAGAAAGAAUGGAUGAUUCAUUGUAAGAAGCUAGAGUAAAGAUCUAACAUCAAUUAAAUUUGUAGCAGCAAGGAAGAAAUUAGAGAACGAGUAGGGUACAUUAUGAAGCUGAGCACACCAGCAAUUUUUUACUUAGUUGUUGCAGAUAGUCUGUUGGAAGACAAGCUUCCUUUCCAGAAAAAGAAGCUAGGUGUUAGGUCAUAUUUAUGACAAAUAACCUUAUCUUAUCAAGUCAGCCAUUGACUAUGAAGUGUUCUUAGAGCAGAUGUAUUUGUGGGAAACUGGGAAUAGCUUUUCUACUUUCUCUAGUCUCGUAGGCUCAUAUCACUUGAGAGGACACAAAAGAUGAUCUGCUAAGGAGUUUCAAUUUCUUGUAACAGCAGCAUAAGGUGGCCUUCAUAUGCCUACAAUAUAAUGGGAAUUUGGUGGUCCAUGAAAGUGGCUGAUGACCCAAUCAUCCAAUUCGCUCCAACAGACAGGCAUGGAUAAAGAUUGGUCCUCUCUCAGACUUCUGCUGUCAUGAUAAGCGUAGAAGAGGACCUUUCAGAAGGACGCUCGCUGACCAAUGUGUCAGACACAAGCCUUCAAUCUAUUAGCUAUGGUUCCAAUCAUGUCACAUGUCCAUCUUUCCUUGCUGUUCUUGAGCAUAUUCUGUGCAUAACAUUCUUGAUAUACUGAUUGCUGGUAUGAUUUGAAAUCUUAAUAUUCAUAAUUUGAUUGAAAAUGAGAGCAGAUAGCUUGGGGCAUAACAUACUAUUUUCUACCUGAGCUUUCUUUUGGGAUAUGCUCUGCCAGCAUCUUGGUAUAUUGAUGAAGUCACCAAAGGAAUGCUGUUCCCAGCAUCAGGGAAUUUUCAGGUUUUAUUGUUGGGAUUAGAUAUUUAUUUAUUGCAUUUCCAUUCUUUGAUGCUGUUUUUUAUUGGAAGGUGUACAUAAAACAGUAGUAUUUGAAAUAUUACCUUUUUAUAUCCAGGGUUAAAUAUUAUUGUCUUGCUUUUCCACUUUUUAACUCUGUUUUUUUUUUUUUUUUAUUGAAAGAUGUACCUAGAACCUGAAAAAUCACCUUUGUAUAUCUUGUAUAUCUUGAUAUUGGCAUUCUGCAAUGGCAUUAUAAUGGAAAAGCUUUGCUACCCUUCAUUGAAAUGUUGAUGCACUUUUAUUCUUUUAGAGCUUGAAAACUGAACUUAAUUGUCUCCUUGUUAAAAGCUGUUGACUGUAGACUUGAAACUAUUCAGGUUGGUACACAUUGAUUCUUUUGUCAUCUCAUUUGAUUUCUGAUUGUGCUUAUUAAUUGUUUUUCAUUCUUUCUUUCCCCUCUCUGAGCAUGAUUUUCUAUGCUGGUUGGAAUGAGCCCUUUGCUUACUGCUUUAAAGUAGAGAUUUUUCUGUGAAGUUUCUAAUUAUAUGCUGUUUUGCUAUGUUCAGGCAUGUCAUCCAUUGGUUUGGAACUGUAAUUUUUAUAGCAUGGGCUAUUUGGAUAUGAUCUGAAGAUAGAUUCAUGGUUUCUAUACCACACAGAUAAUGCCGGCUUCAUCUGUUUUCUGUUUAUUUCCCAUUUUAUUUAUACACAGAGUCAUAGCCUUACAAAAUUAUGAGAUUGGGGUACAUUGAAUUUGAAUUUCAGACUCCAUGUUGUAUGCAUCCUAAUUUUUCUGCUUGAGCUCCCCAUUUUCUGUCCGCAAUCAGUGUAUACAUGGUUAUAUUCGUUUGUAAACUUGUUAUGGCGCAAAAGAGCAAGGAUCAUGUUCUUAAAAACUUUUGAACUCCAUGUAUGUUGUGAAAAUAUAUGGAAGUGGCCUCUGUUGCAUUAGAAGCAGAAGAAUUCAUGCUUCAGAAAGAUAGAGUUCACUAAUCACUACCAUAGUCUGAGAAUUCGCUAUGGAGACCCACUAAAGAAGAUAAGAAAUCAAUGGGAAGACCAUUUAAGAUUUCUGCAGCGCUUUGGUGAACUGAAAUUUAUCUGUACAUUCUAUUGCACCUUUUCAAGCUUUCAGAACUGCGCAUUGUUUCAAUCACUCCACUCCAACUGAUUUUGAAUAGAGUUUACUAGGCCAAAGCUGUGUUAAUCCUGGAUAGUACCAACCGGUGUAAUAAUUACUUAAAGUGUUCCCUUGGUAUGGUGUCUGGGUUAUGUGGAGCCUUAUUCCAUUCAGAUAAGUUUUGUUUCACUUCUUUCUUUUUUUAUCCACCUAGAUUGAACAUACUUAGUAUAUUCUGUAGUACAUAUAAUUUAUAUGAACUUGUACUGUAGUUGCAUUAUUGAUAGAAAUAGUUAAAGGAUAAUCAGUCUACCUUGGAAAACAUUGGUCUCAUUAAGAAUAUAAUUUCUUUCCUUCCAAACGUCAUGAACAUAUGGCUAGAAAUGUUGAUCUACAAUUUGCUGGAUU